AUACCACCUCAAAGUUUCUUAGAAUUCGAGCUUGUGAGUACUCAUCUGGCCAUCCUUCCUCUGUUUUCCCCUGUUCAUGGCGCCUCCGAAUGAAACUUCCAACUCAGUUCUGGGUGAGAUCCCAACUGAUAAUAUGAAAUGUUUUGAGUUAUUGGGAGGGAAACUCAGUGUUAAUGGGGUUUCAGUGCUCUCUGAAGUUCCCAGUAAUGUCUCCUUAAUUAGUUUCUCUUCAAUCUGUCAGUCUUCUGAUGCUCCACCUACCCUGUUCCAGCAAGUUCAGUCCAUAUCAUACAAAGGUGGCUUCCUUGGUUUCAGCAAAGAGGAACCAUCUGAUAGGUUGAUGAACUCAUUGGGUAGGUUCACUGAUAGGCAUUUCUUGAGCAUUUUUCGAUUCAAGACCUGGUGGUCUACCAUGUGGGUUGGGAAUAGUGGUUCAGAUAUACAAAUGGAAACCCAGUGGGUACUCUUGGAUGUCCCUGAACUAAGGUCCUAUGUUCUGAUCCUGCCACUAAUUGAAGGCAAGUUCAGGUCUGCUCUUCAUCCGGGUGUCGAUGGGAAUCUCAUGCUCUGUGCUGAGAGUGGUUCUACUCAAGUGAAAGCUUCUUGUUUCAAUGCCAUUGCUUAUGUUCACAUAUCUGACAACCCAUACAACUUGAUGAAAGAGGCCUAUAGUGCUCUUAGAGUCCAUCUCAAUACUUUUCGGUUGUUAGAAGAGAAGUCAGUCCCAACUUUAGUAGAAAAGUUUGGUUGGUGCACUUGGGAUGCAUUCUACUUGACUGUAGAUCCCGUCGGCGUGUGGCAUGGGUUGAAGGGCUUCGUGGAUGGAGGUGUCUCGCCAAGAUUUCUCAUAAUCGAUGAUGGCUGGCAGAGUAUCAACUUGGAUGGGGAGAACCCAGAUGAAGAUGCAAAGAAUCUUGUGCUGGGGGGUACCCAGAUGACUGCCAGGCUUUACAGGUUUGAGGAGUGUGAAAAGUUCAGGAAGUAUAAGGGUGGAACCAUGCUGGCCCCUGAUGCCCCAUCAUUUGAUCCCAAAAAACCAAAGAUGCUGAUCUCCAAGGCAAUUGAGAUUGAGCAUGCAGAGAAGGCCCGAGACAAGGCAAUUCAGUCCGGCGUCACUGACUUGUCGAAGUUUGAAUUGAAGAUCAAAGCAUUGAAGCAAGAAUUAGAUGAGAUGUUUGGCAGAGAACCAGAGAUUGGUAAUGUUUCACGUGGAGGCUGUGGGAGUUGUUCCUGUAAAGCAGGUGAAUAUGGGAUGAAGGCAUUCACUAAGGACUUGAGAACAAAAUUUAAAGGGCUUGAUGAUGUGUAUGUGUGGCAAGCACUCUGUGGUGCUUGGGGGGGUGUAAGACCUGGAGCAACGCAUCUCAAUUCAAAGGUAAUCCCUGUUAAGGUCUCUCCUGGACUCAACUGGACGAUGAACGAUCUUGCUGUUGUGAAGAUCGUUGAAGGUGGUAUUGGGCUUGUUCAUCCUGAUCAAGCAGUUGAUUUUUAUGACUCAAUGCAUUCUUACCUCUCCAAAGUCGGAAUUACCGGACUCAAGGUCGAUGUUAUUCAUACACUGGAGUAUGUAGGUGACGAAUACGAGGGAGGGCGUGUGGAGCUUGCAAAAGCUUAUUACAAAGGGCUAACAGAGUCCCUUGUGAAGAACUUCAAUGGCACAGGCUUGAUUUCAAGCAUGCAGCAGUGCAAUGAUUUCUUCUUUCUAGGCACAUGGCAGAUAUCACUAGGAAGAGUUGGAGAUGACUUCUGGUUUCAAGAUCCCAAUGGAGAUCCAAUGGGUGUCUACUGGUUGCAAGGAGUUCAUAUGAUUCACUGUGCUUACAACAGCAUGUGGAUGGGUCAGAUCAUACAACCUGAUUGGGAUAUGUUUCAGUCUGAUCACCUAUGUGCCAAGUUUCAUGCUGGUUCUAGGGCCAUCUGUGGUGGACCUGUUUAUGUGAGUGACUCUGUGGGUGGCCAUGAUUUUGAUCUGAUAAAGAAACUUGUGUUUCCUGAUGGAACCAUCCCCAAGUGCCAGCAUUUUGCCCUCCCUACAAGAGACUGUCUCUUCAAGAACCCUCUGUUUGAUAGCAAGACCAUUCUCAAGAUUUGGAAUCUAAACAAGUUUGGAGGUGUGAUAGGAGCAUUCAACUGUCAGGGAGCCGGUUGGGAUCCAAAGGAGCAAAGGAUUAAGGGAUACUCAGAGUGUUACAAGCAAAUGUCUGGCUCGGCACAUGUUAAUGAAGUUGAAUGGGACCAAAAGAAAGAAGCGGCCGAGAUGGGUGGAGCAGAAGAGUUUGCUGUCUACCUCAACCAGGCUGAGGAACUAAGCUUAAUAACUCCUAAAUCAGAUGUCAUUCACAUGACAAUCCAACCAUCAUCAUUUGAGAUUUUCAGCUUUGUUCCAAUCAAGAAGCUUGGCCACACUACUAAAUUCGCUCCGAUUGGAUUAACGAACAUGUUUAACAGUGGAGGGACCAUACAAGAAUUAGAGUACUAUGAAUCAUCUGUGGAGAUUAGUGUGAAGAUUAAGGUUAAGGGUGGAGGGAAGUUCUUGGCUUACUCAAAUGAGUCCCCUAAGAAGUGCUGCUUGAAUGGUAUUGAAGUGAGUUUUGAGUGGUUUGCUGAUGGAAAGCUGAACCUGGACCUUCCUUGGAAAGAGGAAUGUGGAGGCAUAUCUGAUGUUUGUAUUCUCUAUUUAGUUUUAGUGUUUUGA